CCGAAUUACAACGUCAUCAGUGUGCGACCGGACACUUAAAACAAACGCGAUGGCUGAUACUGGAAAUGAGAAAGUUAUCAAGCUUGUUCCUGAGAACCUUCUCAAGAAACGCAAAGCAUAUCAGGCCAUCAAAGCAACUCAAGCUAAACUAGCAUUAGAACAGAAAAGAAAAGUACAAAAGGGAAUUCCUUUGAGGUUUAAGCGCUUGGAGGAUUUUCUUAAACGCAGCAAGAGGAGAUAUCGAGAUGAGUCCCGACUCGCAAGGCUUAGACAGAGACCCCCACCGGCCUUGCCGCCAGUUAAACACAGCCUGGCAUUUGCAGUCCGCAUCAAAGAGAUCAAAGGUGUGAGCCCCAAAGUGAUGAAGGUUAUUCAGAUGCUGAGGUUGAGAAAAAUCUUCAGUGGCACCUUUGUAAAAGUCAGCAAGACGUCUAUAAAAAUGCUCAAGACUGUGGAGCCUUACGUUGCAUGGGGGUUUCCCAACUUGAAAUCUGUCCGGGAGCUGAUAUUAAAAAGAGGGCAGGCAAAAAUUAAUAAGAAAAAGGUUCCUUUGACCGACAAUACAGUUAUUGAGCAGCAUCUGGGAGAAUAUGGGAUCAUCUGUUUGGAGGAUCUUAUCCAUGAAAUCUUCUCUGCUGGAAAGAACUUCAGGGUUGUAAACAACUUCCUGUGGCCAUUCCGUCUGUCAGUACCACGACAUGCUGCUAGAGAUCAAGUUGGAUUAAUGAAAGAUGUUGGACAACCUGGACCCAGAGCUGAGGACAUAAAUUCAAUCAUCAGGAAACUCAACUGAUCUAAUGGACUUUUGGUUUGGACUAUUGGAGUAUUGAGUCUGUUUUUUUUUUGUGCUGUUUGAACUGAAUGUUGAGGUUUCUUCUAAACCAGUAUGUUCAAAUGUUCAGAAAAAAAACAUUUUUGAAAACUCAUUGUAUAAAUGUUGUUUUCUUUGUAAAAAGAAUGUUAUGCAAUAUUUUUAUUAAAUGAAAAAUCCCAGUGUGUAUUUGUUUGUAAAAUGGUCACAGGUCUUCACAUUGAGAACAUAAAAAUUUUGCAUUUAGUAAAAAAUAAGCAUUCAGACUGUUCAUGUACGGGAGAUAGGUAGUGAAGACAUGAAACUGUAUCGAUUAGACACAAUUGAAAAAUAAUAUGUAAUUGGUUAGGUAAUUUCACCAGUUGCAUUAAAACAAUUUUGUAAAAUGGACUGCAAGAUCAAACGCAUAAAUAUACUGAUUAUAGAUUUCUAAAUCUAUGAAUAAAUGAUUUGUAUAGUG